UCUAUGAGAGAAACUUUUGCAAUAUAAUAUAAAAUAUCAUUUUUAGUUGUCAGCUAAUUAAUAUUAAAAAAAAAUGUUUGCUUUUCUCAUUAAAAUAUUAAAUUUCGAAGGAAAGAGGGUGUGUCCGACACUUUUCUGGUAAAUAAAAGCCUAUAUAAUACAUUGCUUUUUCUACAUGUCCAUAAGGGUAAAAAUUGUCUUUGAAAAGCGCACUUUACGUGAACAGUGAGCAUUUAGCACUUGCCAAUUAAUAACGCCGCAUUCAUUAGCAAAUGUAGCAAUUUUUCUGCGCUUCAUAAAGCGCCAGUGAAACUCUAACGUCGAAGGGAUAACAAACGAGCAGCUCGCUUGAAUUUUCGACUGUUUUCAAAAAUAUUUCACAGAGACUUUUAGAAUAGUUUUGCAACACAAAUAUUGAGACGACAAGAAAAAAAAAAAAGAUUCGUGGCUAAAGAAAUCAUGAAAUCCAGACAGUGGGAGAAAGGGAGAGAAAUUAUAAUUCAACCAAAGAAAAUAGGAAUUACAAAUGAUGGAAAAGUUUCAGAAAGUCAAGAUAUUGAUGCAAGUGCUGAGGAAAGUUUUCAAUUUUCAACGAAAAAUAAUAAAGAAUCGAUUGGAAUUCUACGAACAAAAUCUAGUUUUCGUCAAUCACGACAGGAGGAGAAAUCUCUACAACCAACGGCGGAUCGUUUAUCGGUUUCAUUUGCUCUUGAUGGAAAUAGAAGCGAAUUUAGUAAAGAAAAUAAUAAUUUUAAAUUGGAGAACGUGAAAACUAGAAAUUCGAAAAUGACUCAACGGGAUGGACAAGAGGAACCUGGAGAGGAGGACGAUUAUUCAAUUUCUGCUUGUGCUAUUAUUCAAAGACGUAAUUCAACUCGAAAAAGUAAACGAAGACACAGAAGAAGAUCAUCUUCUCCAUUUAAUCCCGAAAGUCUCGAUGCGAACGUGAGACGAAGAUCUUCUGUUUAUACAACGAGUUCAGGAGAUAUAUCAAUAUCCAUGGAGGAAAGAGGGGAAGAAUUAAUUUUUGAGAAAUUGAAACUUCAUAAGGAAGUUCUAAGUGGAAUCAGGCAGCAACCUUGGCCUCUUCGGAGAAAAAUUAAACUCGUUAGGCAAGCCAAAAUUUAUGUGAGGCAGCAUGAAGGUGCUCUUCAUGACAGACUUGCCCAAAGGCACAGCACUCGAGAUGUUUUGGCAAGAAUGUCAAUUUUACUCGAUAAGAAAUGGCAGUACUAUAAACGUGAAAUUGUCAAUAUUCAAACAUUCCUAAUACCCUGGGAGCAUCGAAUAAAAGACAUAGAAUCUCAUUUUGGAUCUGCGGUCGCGUCAUUUUUCACGUUUCUUCGAUGGCUCUUCUGGAUAAAUCUCGUCAUUUCCGGAAUUCUAACUGCUUUUAUCGCUAUUCCAGAAAUAUUGAUAGCGGUUCCAAAAGAUGCGGGCGAAAGGAAAAUAAUGUUACCCGACGAACAAAUAAAAUCCAAGGAACUAUUAACUUUAUGGGAAUUCGAAGGCGUCUUAAAGUAUUCCCCAUUUUUUUACGGAUGGUAUACGAAUAAAAAAUCGAAUAAAAUUUAUCAACUACCCAUGGCGUAUUUCAUCACAAAUCUCGUUGUCUAUACCUACAGUUUUGUCGUCAUUUUACGAAAGAUGGCGAAAAAUUCUCGAAUGAGUAAACUAUCGGAAAAAGAAGACGAGUACGCAUUUUCGUGGAAACUCUUCACCAGUUGGGAUUUUAUGAUUGGCAAUUCAGAAACAUCUGAUAAUCGAACCUCCAGUAUUAUUCUCGGAUUUAAAGAAGCUCUACUUGAAGAAGCUGAGAAGGCAAAAGCUAAACGAAAUUGGAAGACAUUGGUUUGUCGAAUAUUUGUCAAUUUGUCGGUUUUGUUCCUUUUAUCUUUGUCCGCUUAUAUUGUUAUUGAAAUCGUCGCUCGAAGUACUCAGCCGGAAGCAAAUAGUAAUUGGUGGAGGCAGAAUGAGAUCACAGUCAUAAUGUCACUUAUAAAUUACAUUUUUCCCAUUUUUUUCGAAAUACUCGGCAUUCUUGAAAAUUAUCAUCCGAGAAAACAAUUAAGACUACAACUAGCCAGAAUCAUGGUGCUUAAUCUUCUCAAUCAAUAUUCACUAAUUUUUGCUCUCUUCAGUAAAAUUGACGAUAUGCAAAAGCAACUACAAAGUUUGAAGCCAAAUAAAACGAAAAUUUCCAUUUCAAAUUGCAAAUAUCUUCCGAAAUCGUGUUAUGAAUUUAAUCUUCAAAAUGUGACAAUGUCUUUGGCCUCUUUGAGUCUUGUGUUGACGAAUUCCUCUCAGAUUGUCUCUCCGUUGGAGAAGAAAAUUUCUGUAAAAGACGAUUUUCUCAACGAAAAUGAAACAUUUCUUCAUGUGCCAAAAUUGCAUUAUUUCAAUGAUCUCUCCUCGUUAACGACACAGAGUGUAGAAAAUACAAAUGAAUAUUCUGAAACAACAAUAAUUUCUCAAUUUACAAGUGAAAUUUCUCCGGUUACUAAUGAAUUUUAUAAAGAAUCAUCUCAAACAACAGAGGAAGAAAUAGUUGAAACGACUUCUGAAAAUGAUUUAACGACUGAUUUUGAUAAUUAUCACCUCGAGGACGAUGAUGAUCCACACGUGGACUAUACUUAUUACGAUUUUUUAAAUAUUUCCGAUACUUUACAUACUUUUGUGAAUUCUACUCCAGAAAUGGAAAUAUCAACAGAUACAGAUAAAGAAACAACUGAAAUGACGACUUUUGGGAAUGAAAAUGAAACCGAGUCUUCUUUAGUAGUCAAGGAAGUUACAGGAUCGUAUCCAAUUAUCUACAAUAACAGAUGUUUUGUAAAAGUUUGUGAUCUUCCGUCUAGUCUCAUAGAGGAGAGAGAGACGUCUGUAAUUCCUCUGAGUCUUGAGAUUCGCACAAAACUUCGUCGCCUUUGUUGGGAGACAAUGUUUGGUCAGGAACUUGCAAAACUGACUGUAAUGGACUUGGUAAUGACAAUACUGUCAGUUUUGACACUGGAUUUUUUCCGUGCGAUUUUCGUUCGUUACAUGAAUAGCUGUUGGUGCUGGGAUUUGGAGAAGAAAUUCCCACAGUAUGGCGAUUUUAAAAUUGCGGAAAAUAUUUUAUAUUUGAUUAAUAAUCAGGGUAUGGUUUGGAUGGGAAUGUUCUUUAGUCCUGGAUUAAUUACACUGAAUGUUUUGAAACUCGGCAUUCUUAUGCAUAUUCGAUCGUGGGCUGUUCUCAAUUGCAAUGUACCGCAUAAAGUAAUUUUUCGUGCAUCCAGGUCGAAUAAUUUUUACUUUGCUCUGUUAUUGACAAUGUUAUUCCUCUGCGUUCUGCCUGUUGGAUAUGCGAUAGUUUGGGUUGAACCAUCUUGGCACUGUGGUCCAUUUUCUCAGUACAAGAGAAUUUAUCAUUUGGGAACGAAAACUCUACAACAGGCGUUACCUGAAAAAUUACAAAAAAUUGUUGAUUAUAUUGUUUCGCCGGGAAUAAUUAUUCCAUUGAUUGUUUUAAUGGCGUUAAUUAUUUAUUACAUGGUCUCCCUCACUGGAUCGUUACGAGAAGCUAAUAAUGAUUUAAAGAUACAAUUGAGACAAGAACGCACUGAGGAGAGGCGGAAAAUGUUCAAAAUUGCAGAAAAAAGGCAGGAAAUAGAAGAAACACCAUUUACGCGAUGGAAAAAUAUUUUACCAUCCUUUAUGCCUCCUAGAAAGGACACUGGAAUUUCGAUUCUAAAAGAUGAAAAUGAAAAUCCGAAGGAGGAAAAUAUUGAAUUACAAGUAGAACGAGCUCAAGGAAUGUCUGUGACAUCAGAUCCUGGCGAAGGCACCGAAGGUGAAUUGGAAUCGUUACCUAAUGAUCAAAAUUUACCUUCGAGUCGUAAUGAAUCUAUUCGAAAAUUGUGGCGAAAAGCAGCACUUUCCAGUGUAUCAAAAAAUGUGGAGGAAUUGGAUUCCGAUCUACCGGAAAUUCGUAUCAGUGUUACCGAGCUUGGAAGUGAACAAUUGUCACAAUCUCCCACUGAAUCAGUUUUUGAUGCUGAAUAACUGAAAAUAUCACCUUGAAAGAUUAAUAUUAUUGUAACAAUAAUUGGCUCUUUCAGAUUGCACUCAAUGGAAAUAAAAAUGAAAUAAAAAAUUUAUUGCAGAAAACAUAACUCGGAAAAAAUUAAUUCAUUAAAAGAGAAUUAAAUUUC